GACUAGUGGAGUUGAUGUCCUUAAAUCUGCUGCUCAUGAUCUUACACCUUUCAUUUUAAACAAACACUUUCAACAUUUUACAGUUUCACUUAAUUAGAAGGCGUUCGACAUAUAGGGGACGAGCAUAAUGGAGCCUCCAACAGUGACUGUCAGCGAUUUUUCCGAGCGUUAUCCUUUAUUUCUGCACAACUCGAGCUUUCUGGAGGAGCCUGCGGGACUUCUGUCCAACUGGAGCGGAGGAAGCAGUGAGCUGAAGGCGGUGAGAGGCAGCAGUGCGGUCGCUAUCGCUGUCUCCAUCACUGCGCUAUACUCGGUCAUCUGCGUUGUGGGACUCGUUGGAAAUGUGCUGGUUAUGUACGGAGUGGUCAGGUACACGAAGAUGAAAACCGCAACCAACAUAUACAUCUUCAACCUGGCAUUAGCAGAUGCGUUGGCCACCAGUACAUUGCCCUUCCAGAGCGCCAAAUACCUCAUGGGCACCUGGCCGUUCGGCGAGCUCUUGUGUAAAGUGGUCAUUGCUAUUGACUAUUACAACAUGUUUACCAGUAUUUUCACGCUGACGAUGAUGAGUGUGGACCGCUAUAUUGCCGUGUGUCAUCCGGUGAGGGCCCUGGACUUCCGCACGCCUGUCAAAGCCAAGAUCAUCAACAUCUGCGUCUGGAUUCUGUCCUCCGCUGUCGGCUUCCCCGUCAUGGUGAUGGCUGUUACUAAAGAAUUAGACUCAGGCAAAACAAUCUGCAUGCUGAAAUUCCCCGACCCAGAAUGGUACUGGGAUACAGUGACCAAAAUCUGCGUUUUUAUUUUUGCCUUUGUGUUUCCCGUCCUGGUGAUCACCGUCUGCUACGGCCUGAUGAUCCUGCGGCUGAAGAGCGUGCGCCUGCUCUCCGGCUCCAAAGAGAAGGACAGGAACCUCCGGCGCAUCACCCGCAUGGUUUUAGUGGUGGUGGCGGCAUUCAUCAUCUGCUGGACCCCCAUCCACAUCUUCAUCAUCGUCAAGACAGUGGUAGAGAUCGACCAGAAGAACCUGCUGGUGGUGGCCUGCUGGCAUCUGUGCAUCGCUCUGGGCUACAUGAACAGCAGCCUCAACCCGGUCCUCUACGCUUUUCUAGAUGAGAACUUCAAGAGGUGCUUCAGAGAGUUCUGCUUGCCUUUUCGCACUCGCAUAGAGCAGAACAGCUUUUCCAAAGCCCGCAGCGUCAUCAGAGAGCCCAUCUCUGUCUGCGCCAAAUCAGAAUCAAUCAAGCAGCCCACAUGACUAGACCUGGACCGGAUGACUCCUAGUACACAGAAAGACCCGCAGUCCGAGGUAACCCAGAUCUCUACAACUGAGUUUUAAGCUUAUCUGGCCCAUAAACUGCUGGCAGAAUGUCAUGUUGGGGCAUUAUUUAUAUUUUAUUCUCAUCGUUCUUGACUGAAAAGUAUGGAUGGCCCUGAAAUGAUCUGCGAGAUAUUUUCCUAAGUGAGGAAAUGAGAUGAUCUGGACCAUCAAGAUGGUAAUCAUGCAUUGGAAAAGACAUCAAAGACCUGACCAACAGGAAAUUUACAUUCAUUAGUGGUAUAUGAGCCAAUACAGCAGAUUCCCCUAAUGAGAUUUUUUUUAUAUUGCAAGUUAAUGCAUUUCCAUGGGAAUUGUGGGAUUUUAUGAUACAUUGAAUAAUCAAUUCUGCUUUUGAAACAACAAAGUGAGCUGUAAGAUUUUUCUUACAAGAGCUUGUUACACAGAAAGAUGAAAAUGUACAGUUUUUGAGCUCCUGUUGUAGACAAUAAAAGUUUUUUUUUUUUCUUAAAAACCAAGACAUAUGGAGAAACAUUGGACUUUAGAAUGGACAUUCCCUUUGAUUUUCAUGGAUGUCAGCGGAUGUUCUUCCUUUUGAAAACAUAAACUCUGAGCAUUAUUCAUUUCAUGGUGCUUUAUAAAGUCAGUUUGUAAAUUUGCGCUACUAGUGAAGGUGUUUUAAAACCUUUGACUAUGAAGAAACGUUUUUAGCUCUUUUAGUAUUUAGUGGACGAAAAUCUUGCAUUUCUUUGCCAUUGGCGCAGAAUGGCUGUUUUUAUGACCUUCUUCAAAUUCUAAAGUUGAAGUGACAUUUAACGAAUCGUCUCAUGAUGUUAGUGUUGGAUUUAAAAUGUCAGCUUUGCUGUAAAAGGAGAUGGUUUAGUUUCUUGAGCUGUAAUAGGUAAACUUUUUUCCAGCCAAGUGUGUUUAUGUAUUAGUUUUGCUUUCCUGUAUUCUGCUUCAGUGAUCUGUUCUCAUGAAUCUAUUUUUAUGGACGCAUGGAAAUUAGACAUCACAAACUAUCUGAUCUGUCAGUAUUUGUUGUGAAAGUUCAGAAAAAAUAAUUAAAAUCAUUCUGUAGAUUAA